AUGGACAGUUUGGAGUCUGAAUUACAAGGAAGUGGCCACAACCUUGGGUGUCGAGGCAUGGGAAGAAGAUUAUUGUCACGCUACAGCAUCAACAUUCCGAGGCAUAUCAUCCUAGAAGGACAACGAAUGUUAGACCCUCUUGGUGUUGAACUAAGGCGAAGACAUAGGCUGAGGAGACGAUCGUAUGUAAAUAAAGGCCCAAAUUAUGCAAUUCACGUUGAUCAGCACGACAAGUUAAAGGUUUAUGGUUUUGCUGUGCAUGGAGCUAUAGAUGGCUUUUCGAGAAGACUAUUGUGGCUGAAAGUAGCAUACACUAACAAUGACCCACGCGUUGUAGCUUCGUACUUUUUAGACUUUCUACGAGAACUAGAAGGGGUCCCACGCUGCAUCCAGAUGGACAGAGGAACUGAAAACGUCCUGAUUGAAGACAUUCAAGUCGCAUUUCAUUCCGAGUAUAAUGAUGCCAAUGACUACUGUGUUAUUAAGAGUACGUCCCCACAUAACCAGCGGAUCGAACGCUUCUGGAUGACGUUGUUUGCUAUGAUGGAGAACUAUUGGGUUGAUACGUUUCGUUUGUUGGUGGAUGGGGGUACACUGGAUUGUACUUCACCGUUACACGUGGAAUGUCUGAGGUUUUGCUUCAACCAGAUGAUUCAGUGCGAGUUGGAUGAUGUAAGAAUAGAAUGGAAUCAGCACCGGACUAGAGCAUCUCCAAAUGUCGCUUUACCCGGAAAACCAGACAUCAUGUAUUUCCUUCCAGUACUUUACGAUACCCAUGAUUAUCGCAUUCCAGUUCCACUUGAAGACAUUAUUGCAGUCAAAGAAGAGUUCACCACCCCACCACCAAGAAAAGGAUGUUCGUCUACUGAUAUGGAAGAUCAUUCUGAAUGGUGUAAAUGAUGGCUCACGAUAAAGAAAUGCCUUCCACAGUAACAGAAGGAAUCCACUUAUUUCAGUGGCUGUGCGACAAACUAGGAAAUGAAUAAAACUAAUUCUUGAAAAAAAUAUUUUCUUGACCAACAGCCCAUCAUAAGUCUCCAAAAAGAGCGACAUAAAUGUACAAAUCUACCGGGGAAAAAAUGGUGUAAAACUAUAAUUCCAAAGAACGAUUCAGUAAA